AUGGGACAUACAAAUUCAAAAUUAGAAUUAGAAGAAUUGAAAGAACAAUACAAACGUAAUGAACAGCGUGCAACAAAAGAGAACCUGAUCCUGCGACAAGAUAUUGAAAAGCUCAAGAAUUACCAAGUAGCACAGGAAAAAAGUGUCAUGGAACGUCAACUUGAACAACUCAAGAAGCAACAUGCAGAGUUAGAGAAUCGUCUUUGCCAACAACAGAUUAAUCAUAAAGAAUAUCAGGAUCAUUUUAUUGGAUAUAUGGGUAAAAUCUUAUGUAAAUUAGUGCGUGCAACGCAAGAAGAAAAAGUUCUUCGUAAAGAACAUAAACAAAUUGAAAUUGAAGGUAUUGUAUAUAGUAUUCGAGAAUAUGUUAGUCGUGGUGGAUUUGGAGAAAUUUACAAAGGUAAAAAUACAAAAAACCAUCAUACGGUAACUAUUAAAGUAUUGGCAAAUUCAACGGUUAUUCAAAGUCAGAGUAACAAUGAAAUUCAAUUUCUAAAAUUAGUACAAAAAAUUAAAUUAGAUAAUCACCCUGUUUUUGAAUAUUAUGGUUGUAAGAUGAGCAAUGAUGGUAUUUAUAUAGCCUUAGAAUUAGCACAUUGUGAUCUUUAUAAACUUUGGCCUGAUAUGGCAGAAAAAGGAGAUUUUGAAGAGAAAUUAUACUUUAGUACUAUGAUUAUUAUGUAUGUGUUACGAACAUUAAUUUUUCUGGAAAAGUUAAAUAUUAUAUAUGGAGACAUUAAACCACAAAAUCUUGUUGUUGUUCAGAUGCCCGAUUACUUUUGUAUCAAGUUGAUUGAUUUUGGAACUAUUGAAAAAUUAAACACUACGCAUUCUCAGAUAACUGUCACUUGUAAUAAAACUUAUACAAAAUAUUUUGCUUCACCUGAAUUUCUUCAACGCAAUCCAAAUAUAAAACUUAAAACUCGGCAUCUUCAUAAGAAAUCGGAUGCUUGA